UUUAAAUAAGAUUCCACAAAAUGUUAACGGAUAUAAAAAAAGAAAUAUAUAAAGACGCAGUGAGUAAUUCAGAGUAGAAAAUACCCAAGAACAAAAAACAUCAGCAGAAACAUAAAUGGUCCUACAGUUUCUUUGUGUACUUGUCUCCCAAAAACUACAACUCCCAUAAUACAUGAGCCGCUUGAGUAAUCCCUGAGACUUUAGCUGCCUGUCCCGACGUUUGAGACUUCGUUUUGUUUGUUCAGUGUUUUUGCAGCAUUUCAUCGAUGCACUGUUGACAAAUUGUUUUCCACGUCAGUAAGGACCAAACAGCUCGCUCCGCAGUCCACUAGUAAGUCUUGAGGUCGACACCAUGGGGACCAGGAGAGUGCUGGUUACUGGCUGCUCCUCUGGUAUUGGCUUGGCUGUGGCAGUACGCUUGGCCAAGGAUGAGACCAAACGGUUUAAAGUAGUUGCCACAAUGAGGGAUCUUGAGAAACGUGGCCCUUUGGAAAAAGCAGCAGGUGAUUUAUUAAAUAAAACCCUGGUGAUCCAAAAGUUGGACGCCUGCUGUGAAGAAUCCAUCAAAGAGUGCAUCAACAGCAUCCCCAACCGACAAGUGGAUGUCCUCGUGAACAAUGCAGGCAUUGGCAUGAUUGGACCACUGGAGUGCCAAAGUAUUACCUCAAUGAAAGAGCUCUUUGAAGUCAACUUCUUUGGCCUGGUGCGAUUGGUGAAAGAGGUGCUGCCAGACAUGAAGCAAAGGCAGAGCGGCCAUAUUGUGGUGAUGAGCAGUGUUAUGGGAAUACAAGGACUUCUGUUCAAUGACGUCUACUCUGCGUCCAAGUUUGCUGUGGAAGGAUUUUGUGAAAGUCUGGCAGUGCAAGCAAUGAAAUUCAACAUCAAGACUACACUGGUGGAACCUGGUCCUGUGAUGACAGAGUUUGAAAGAAAAGUGUAUGAGGAUGCAGAAAUCAUAGAUCUGUCUGAGACAGAUGAGGAAACGGCCAGGAUCUUUCGUGACAUUUAUCUUCCAUACUCUAGAAAGGUCUUCACAACAUUAGGCCAGACACCAGAGGAUGUGGCCGAGCAAACACAAAAAGUGAUUACAGCCAAGGAGCCUCCUCUACGGCACCAGACCAACCGACUCUACAUGCCCAUGACUGCACUAAAGCAUGCAGAUCCCACUGGCAGACUUCCUCUGGAAGCUUUCUAUAAAAUGAUCUUUAAACAUGACACCGUUUUUAAUGCCACAUUGGGGAUUCUGCGCAUGAUGAAUCGGAGGAAGGGGAACAAAUAAUCAUUUAAUGGAAGUAGAUGCAAUAGUUGAUUAGGGUUACUGCAGACCUGAGUGAAGUUGGCCCCCCCACCU